AUGCAGCUGCAGGAGACGAGGGUUCUCGCGCAGGGCCACGAGCGCCUGGGCCAGCGACAGGCGGUGGUACGCGAUCAAGGCGCCGACAAAGCCCACGCAGGAGCCCACCAGGAAGCCCGCCGAGCCCGAGCCCGUCAGGAGGCCGAGGGUCGCGGCGAGGGAGACGCCUAG